UGAAUAUGCAAUGAGCUGAGCGCAGGCGUCAGGACAGGAGAAACUUGACGGCCACGACACGCGGCUCAUUCGUACCCCCAGCAGCGGGCAAUGCUUCGCACAGCCGGCGGCACUCCUCCCGCCGUCGGGACGCGCACUUGUCAAACUUUCCCCCGGCCGCUUCUGCACUUUCCCGCCGUUCCGCCGCGCCAUGGAGCCGCCGCGCACGGACACCGGCGCUCCGGUGCGGCAUGCAAAUACGUACUCUGACGUCGGCGAUCAUGUGGCUUUUGGCGUAGAUCCUCCUUGUGAUCGCCAAUUCUCUCUUUCCUGUCGCCUGUUGUCUGCUCGGCGAUUGGGCCGCCGCCGCCGGACCGUGUAGGAGAGGAAUUCGGCCGAUUUCGUCGGCGGGAUCGUACCGCGUACCACCUGAGCAUCGCGCCAAAAAACCCCCAAAACGGCGGCACAGGUAGCAUCCUAUCAUGCAGCUCCUAGAGAUCUGCGAGCUCCGGAGCUGACUCCGUCAGUGAGACCAGCUUACACUUGACUACAGCAGUCCGAUCUCUACCAGACCUUCACGUUCCACUGCCCUCUUUUCUCUCCCUUCCCACUCUCUGGCUGCUCAGUCCCAUCCCGCAAACCCGUCCUGUAUCUCUGUCCUCGUACAAGCCAGUCCCCCCGGCUGUACUCCCACACAUCACAGUUCUGUAUCCCGCAUCCUGGGCACAUCAGCCGUAGUCUCCUUCGCAGACAUCCCUGGCCAAGCACAGGCACCAGCUUAGGGCAGCUGUCCAACAGGACAAACCCAGUCAUCUACCACCAGCAUGUCCAGUCGACGGAAAACGUCCACUCCCUGUAUGAUCCGACCAGGGCAGACCAUGGUGGAGUUGGAUGAUGAGGCAGAGGAAACGCCCAGUAUGGAGGUAACAAUGGAGAACCGUACUGAGGAGGUGCCAUUGGAGGCGGAUCUCUCAACAGGAGCAGAUUCAGCCAUGGACCUGGAUCUAAUGGGAAAGGCCUCGGACCCCCCCACUGCUCCUGACAAACCGGCAGCCGAGCCACCGGACCUUUCUAAGCCUCAGCGUAGGCAGCAGGGAGGCUAUGAGUGCAAAUACUGCCCCUUCUCCACGCAGAACCUCAACAAGUUCAAAGAACACGUAGACGCCAACCACCCCAACGUAAUCCUCAACCCCCUGUACCUGUGUGCCGUCUGCAACUUCAACACAAAGAAGUUUGACACCCUGACGGAACACAACGAGCGGUGUCACCCAGGGGAGAGCAACUUUAAAUUCAAGCGCAUAAAAAUGAACAAUCAGACAAUCUUGGAACAGACGAUAGACGGGUGCAGUAACAACGCAGUCAUUUACAACGCCUCCGGCGUCGGCUCUGGCAAAGGGGAUGAACUCGGCAAAACCGUCAAGGUCGGUAAACCAAAAAUAAUGUCAUCAGAUAAUAAACGGACAGAAUCUCAGUUGGGUAAACUGACCCACGAUCUGGCCAAGAAACCAAUCACAGCGGUUAAUGUCAACGGGACGGUCAUCAUCCCCGAGUCGACGCUCCUCAAAGCAGACGGCCUCUCUCACAUCAUGCCUUCCCUACAGCGGCCACUGAACUACACCCAGGUGCCGAAGAUCGCCGUGCCCCUCAACACAACCAAAUACAACCCGUCACUGGACGACAACCUGACACUCAUCUCCUCCUUCAACAAGUUCCCGUACCCGACGCAGGCGGAGCUCUCCUGGCUCACCGCAGCCUCCAAACAUCCGGAGGAGCAGAUCAAAGUGUGGUUCACCACACAGAGGCUCAAACAGGGCAUUAGCUGGUCACCUGAGGAGGUGGAAGAAGCCAGGAAGAAAAUGUUCAAUGGCACAAUCUCUUCCGUGCCUCAAACCUUCACCUUGGUAGCUCCUCAGCUCAGCUCCCAAUCGUCCGCCAACAUGUCUGCAGCCUCCAAACACAUGCAGUCCGCCGCCUCUGUCCUGCAGUCGCUCCCCUGUCAACUGCUGGGACAGAGCAGCCUGGUGCUGACCCCGGUAGCCAACGGCUCCACUGUGACCUGUGCACCGAUGACGCUCACGCUGGCUAACCAGGUGGUACAGUCACUCAAGCGACCCCUGACCUCUCCGGUGAUCGCAUCAGAGAGUAAACGACCCUCCAUCAUUCAAACCAUCUCGGCGCCCAUGGCCACGUCCAAGCUGACGUCAUCCAAAGUGCUCAAUUUUACAGUUGACCCCAAUAAAACAGCCGAGCAGCUGUCGGUGCUGAGGUCCAGCUACUCACAGUGUCCUUUCCCUGAGGAAGAUGAGAUCUACAGGCUGAUAGAGACCACCGGUCUGUCCAGAGGAGAGAUAAAGAAGUGGUUCAGUGAACAGAGGCUUCUUAAUGUCAAAGGUGCUCCUCCACCACCGGUGCUGGUGAAAACAGAGGUGACGCUGGCACCCAAAGAUGCUCCUGUAAAGAAGGCGGUGCCCAGCCACUUCCCCCUGCUGGAGCGGGUGAAGGGAAAGACGUCAGAGCAGCUCAAGGCGCUGGAGGAGAGUUUCCAGAGAAGCAGCUCUCCAACGGAGGCAGAGCUCGACCAGCUGGCCCAGGACACCAGGCUGUCCAAGACGGAGGUGGACUGCUGGUUUUCCGAGCGCAGGGCGCUGAGGGACAACAUGGAGAAGACUCUACUCACCAUGGCCUCAAAAAACACGGAGGACAGACACGACAGGGCGGGAGCGUUGCUGAACGGGGCUCCCCAUCGAGAGCAGGAUGGGAGGCCCCUCCGCUCUUCUCCUCACCCACCUGUCCUCUCCUCUUCCUCCUCCUCCUCCUCCCCUCCCGUGCUUGCAGCCUCCUCCCCACGCCCGCCGACCCUCUCCUCCUCCGCAUCUCCUCCCAUCCUCACUUCGUCAUCCUCCUCCUCUUCUCCCCAUCCCCAUCCCCCCAUCCUGUCGAUCUCCACGAGCCCAGCUCCCAUCACCAGCCGCUCCCUCACCCUGCUCAGAGAGACGUUCUGUCGGACCCAGUGGCCGUGUCCUGAGGAGUACAGUCAGCUGGAGGUCCAAACCAGCCUGGGACGCACCGACAUCGUUCGCUGGUUCAAGGACCACCGCCUGGUGCUGAAGAACGGAGAAACUCUGGACUGGAUGGAAGGUUUCCAAAAGCAGAACUCUGCCGAGCAGACCAAAGUUCCCUCGGAAGGGAAGGCUGUAACAGCCGCUGGCGCAGUGGAGGAGGCCGGUGAGAACACAGCAGCCACAGAGCACUCCAAGCUGUCGGAACAAGACAAAGUACAGUGGUUGACUGACAGACUAACCCACGGUGUGACGGACCUGAUCCGGACCAGACCGGAUCAGACUAGCUCUGGCACGGCUGACAAAGGGAGGUGGGUCAAGGUGACUGUGGCGGUGGGGGAGGAGACUGACGGAGGAGUGGAAAGACAGAGACUGGCAACGGACUCUGAUGUUUUGACCUUAGAGCAACCAGGGAGGGUCACUGGUUGAUGGUGAGUUACAGACCACCACCACGCGAUGCACAGAUGACCAAUCGGGAACCAGUGAUGUAACUGACUGCCUGUGAUGUCAUCACAAAGGGCCCGGGGGACUUUGGAGGUCCUACUGUUUGAAGCACUGAUGCGAGGUGCAGAUGCUGACAUUAAGAGGAGUGCCAAAGCUGGACUUGAUGCAUUGUUCUUACUACUUCUACAACACUUUUUUUUUUUUUAACACAAAACAAACAGAAGCACCCUUGUAAAUAUUUUUCUGUAUUACAAAAAAAAAUGUUUGUACAGUUUUACUGCGAAGGCAAAGUUUUGUUACAUUUUUAAAAGCAAGUACGACUGGUGCCCCUGAACAUGUAAUGUUUUUUUUCUGUUGUUGUUUUAAGAUCAGAGCGUAUGAUAAUCUCUGUAAAUCAGGUCUAUUUCUUUUUGGAAAUCAUACUUGCGCACUUCUCUUCAUGAGCAGUCUUUGAUGGCACUUGCAUAAUAUCCCCUGCUGUAGUGAUAAGAUUCUCUCUUCACUUCACACUGUAACUUUUCCUUUUUCUCCAGCAGCGUCACCUUGACUCACCUUCGUAGAUUUGCGCCGGUGAGGGUGGAAAAUAACUCGCGUGUGCUAGAGGGGCUGAUUGGAGGAGUAACAGUGCUUUGAGCGACGUGAACACAACCUGAGCCCUCGCGGCCGAGAGGCCGGAGAAUCAACAAGAGCAGACCAAGACUUCACAGCGCUAGGGGCGAAGGAAUGGCUGAAUUAAUGCACUGUGCAUCCUAUCAGUUGCUAUUUUAUCUUUGUUAAUCUGCUGGGGGGGGGGGGGGGGGGGGGUUCUUUUCGCGUCAGUACCUGAGGCAUGUUCACGAAAACCGUACAGAAUGUUAAUUUUGUGAAAUGGAAACCUUUAAAUCACCCAGGGAGGAGUGUCUGUCGGAUCGCACCGCGCUGCCUUUCCAGCUCUCGUACCUGACGUUUCCCGUCUGCCUCAGAACCGGGGUCAAAGUACAGACUGGUGAUGAUGAAUUCAACUUGGUUUUUUUAGUUUUUUUUAAACUUGCCAAGCGUCUUGGUGACGGUGUUCGACGCAUGAUGACGUUGUCAAAAGAUGACUUUCUUUUUCAAUUACAUAAAUCCAUCUGACCGGUUCUCGUCUUCACUCUCGGCUUCCUGGCUUCAGGUAUGGCCAACGGAUUCCAAGCGGCGCACGGCUCAGAGUUGAUUCCCGUUGAAUGGGGCCUCGUGACUCGUGUUACAAAAGCUAAAACGAACAAAACCGCCGAUGUUACUUGGAAUCGUCAGCAAAUAUCUCAUCAGCCAAAGCUGUCCUGAACUGCUCGCAUGUGCUUCGACAGUCUUCAUUUAUUUUCAAAAAAUUUUAAAGGGAUUUCUUGCGAUAUUCGUGCAAUUUGGGGGGGGGGGGGGCGACGACGUUUGAGUUCAGCUGUCAUUUUGAGUUAAUGAUAACCCUUGUUUGACCAGCAGGUGAAUGGCUGUUUGCUGGAUGUCUGCUGCUGCUGCUGCUGCUUUAGUUUCGUGCUCAGGCAAGUUUCUGGGAUACUGUACAUUUGGUUGGCUUGUACGGACUACCGUAUGCAUUUUCAUUUUCUACUUAAGUCUGCUGUAACCCAAUAAACACACAACUGACUGUAAAAAAAAAAA